UUCUUUUUUUUUUAUCGAUGAUAAUCAUUUUACAGCACAUACAGGAAGUUACUUUUUCUUGUCGGUCUAUAAAGAUGACCGCUCUUUAAGAGCUUUAAUCUGAUUGGACAGGCUGAAGUGAAGUGUUAGAAGUGUGAGAAAGGUCAAAGUGCAGCGUUCUCUGUUUUUCUGCUCAGCUUUCCUCCUCAUGGCUCAUUUCCAUCCCGGCCUCUCUAUAGGCCGCAUAGCUUUGGAGAGCUCACUCCUGAUUGGCCAGCAGAACGGCCUCGCAGAUUCAGGCUUUGCUCCGAUUGGUUGCUAGUGACAACUCCCGGAGUUACCUUCUAUAAGCCGGUUUUUUCCCUUCUUGUGAAAAAAGUCUGGGCCGAUACAUGAUCAGCAGGAGCCGGCAGCAGUAAGUGUUCUGUCCCGUGGAGAGCUCGCAGACUGUGGGUUUACUGGCGUGGGGCGCGCAGAGCAGCUCCGAGUAGAAGAUGCAGACCUCCAAAAGUUUCCGCGUGGACGAUUUCAUCGCAGGAUGGAUCGCAGGAGCUUCCAGUGUGGUCGUUGGCCAUCCGCUGGAUACAGUAAAGACUCGGCUCCAGGCAGGGAAGGGCUACAAAAACACUCUGCACUGCAUCCUCACCAUCUACAGGAAGGAAACGGUCGCAGGAUUCUUUAAGGGCAUGUCUUUUCCCCUGGCCAGCAUCACGGUCUACAACUCGGCCGUGUUUGGCUUCUUCAGUAACACUCAAAGACUCAUAAGCAAUUAUCGCUAUGGUGACGGGCGGCAUCCCUGCAGCAUGUUGGACCUGACCGUGGCCAGCAUGCUGACCGGACUGAUGUCCGUGAGCCUGGGAGCUCCGGUGGAUUUGGUUAAGAUCAGACUGCAAAUGCAGACGCAGAUGUUUCUAGCAGAAAACCUCCACCUUGCGGGCAACGUGUCGAAUGGCACCAACAUCCGUCUGCGCUCCGUCAGCAUUCCCAGCCAGCAGCAGCUGUACCGAGGGCCCAUCCACUGCAUCAGCAGCAUCCUGCAGACCGAGGGCCUCCAGGGCCUGUACAGAGGAGCCGGAGCCAUGAUCCUGAGGGACGUACCUGGAUACACGCUCUACUUCAUCCCUUACGCCAUCUUCUGCGACCUGCUGAGUCCGGACAACACUUCGAGCCCACAUCCGUGUUCCAUCUGGCUGGCAGGAGGACUGGCAGGGUCCAUUUCCUGGGUCACGGCCACGCCGGCUGACGUGGUAAAGAGUCGAAUGCAGGCUGAUGCUCAGCUGCAGAGGAAGUACAAGGGAAUUUUACACUGCAUCAUCCACAGCUACAAGACAGAGGGAGUACAAGUGUUCUUCAGGGGAGCCUCAGUGAACGCCAUCCGAGGCUUCCCAAUGAGCUCCACCAUGUUCCUGACCUAUGAACUCUCUCUGCGGUUCUUCAGGGGUCUUUAAGACACAUUUUAGUGAUUAAAGGAGUCACACUGAGUUACUUGGAAAAUGAGCACAAAGCAAGCAGAGCCCAGCGUCUCUGAGACGAGGGACCGGUGACAGUGUGAGUCAUCUGAUCAAACCUUUAGCUCACAGUCACGCGGACAGUUUUAUCACACCGGUGGCCAGCGAUGUUACGCAAUGCUGCUCGAGUUAACUGGAGAUGAAAGAUUUUAGUAUUGGUGCUGCAGAGUGCUUGUGUGGAGCUAUUUUUAUAGUUCUCUAAAUUGGAUCAAUUUCAGCUGCAUUGCAAUGAUUGGUCAAAUCAAAAAGUAUCUUCUUGUCAUGUGUAGUAUAAUAGAUGAAUGACAUAUAAUUGUUAGCGUGAUGAAGCCAUCGGGAGACAAACGAUGAUUUUGAUGUCAGAAUUUUACUGAAGUUGAAUUUUUCUUUGCUGCAUAUUUACCAAAGAACUCUGUGUGUAACUCCAAGGUUUGUUUUGGGGGCAAGUCUGAAUUUCCUGUGAAAGAGAAAGUCAGUAUUGAGGUGACGUGCCCAGUAAUAUUGUGUCAUUACACAGUAGCACACUGUUAGCAUAGUGAUCCCGGUGAUCGGGAGUAAAACUGACAUCGAUGUCAUGUGUAAUCAUCAGAACAUAAUGUUUCAUACUGAACACGAUCAGCUAAAUGAUUUUUAAACAGAUCUCACGUGUACCCUAGCUAUUUCACUUUGUAACCUCCACAUGUGGAAGUGUUUGUCUGGCCUUUAUGUGCUGCACUUUAUCUCAGAGAGAUAAGCUGAAUUGACCAAGUCAAUGUGAAAAAAUGAGUUUGACAUUUUCAACACAAGCAGGGGGUCAACAUAUUCUGUUACCUCUUAGUUGUAGGUUUACUUUAUGAACUGGAUGUACCUUACAUACAGGGAGUGCAGAAUUAUUA